GAGACUUUCGGUGUAGCUGCUACUCCUUAAAGUGUAGUAGUGCCUCAAAACGCGGUAGUAGGUGCUACUCUUGCAAUCGGAGUAGCAGCUACUCCGAUCGGCGCAGCCCGUGCGCCGAGUCGGUAUUCCAGCAGCGCCACCCCGUCGGUACAACAGCUGUCUGAAGAAUCGGAACAACCGUUACUCUCUACUCCGCGCCAAUUUGCCUGACGCUGCUGGCUUUCCGAGCACGUUCACAAUUGGAUUUUGUACUGUGUUUUUGUAUUGUUGUUGCGCUGUUUAAUGCAUAUUACUGCAUAGAAGAAUGGAGGACUUUUUCGGAAAAGCUGGAGAACUUCAUCGUUUCAGGGAAUUAUUUGUCACAGAAUAACAAAAGCAAGGUUUCUGGAAAUUAGAAAUCAAAUAGUAGAAUUGUUUCCUACUACGACACCUGCAGAUUGGUAUCAAGAGCAUCACGCCAAUGUUCAUGGCCAAAAUGUAUCAGCAUCUGGUUGCUUAGUUAAUUACUAUAAAAUUUAUAGGCAAAAUCUAGCAUUAGCCGGAAUUAUUAAAGGAAAAGUCACAUCUGACGCAAGCAAUAUCGGUAUAGGUGGUGAAGUUGUAAGCGCUGAAUCAGAGUUCAAAGCGCUUAUAGAUGUAAAUCGUUCAGAUUACACUGUUAGAACCGUUUUGGAUACGUGGUCUGAAACUUUUGAAAAGAGACAGGAGAUACUUGUAGUACGGAAAAACAAAAAGAUAACUAUACGAUACGAGAGUUAUAUCAAUACGUUUGUAUGCUUGCAGUCUACGUUCGGGCUUGAGCUGCUUCAAUUCGACUGUUAUUCGAUAAUAAAAGGAUUAUCAGAGACAAAUGCUAUUCCGAGAAGUGUAGCAGAUAAUUUUAAAAAUCUUUUUAAAAUACGCUGGGUUAGUUUGGCUCCAUUAAUUUGCCAACACGGGGAUGCUUCACAAAUAAAUUGCAUUAAAGAAUUCAAGAAAACACACAAGGACUACAUCGGUGAAAUUCCUAAAACUAUACUGGCAUUAUUUUAUGCUGCUUAUUUUUUAACGAAAACGUACUCGAUUUCUUCAAAGGAUAAAGGCACCUUCAGUUUUACGCGCGAGGAAUGUGUAGAGCAUUUUAUCAAGGUGGUUGAGAAUGAAUCUGAGGUACCAAAUCAGAAGGCAAAACUCAAAGCAGUUUUAAAUACGCUCGGAUUACCUGCUGCUCCCUAUGUUGUCUUUUGUGGUCAACUUAACAAUAUAACAAACGCGUUUGUUGUCAUUGACAACAUACAUUACGAAGUAAGGGAUCCCCUUAGAGCUGUUGAACAUUGUCUUCAAACAGCUGUAGCCCUGCAUUCCUGGUCAACGACCACGGCUAAUGUGUGGCUAUACAUACUAGAACACGUAUACUCCAUACGUCCGAAUAUUUCGUAUUCAUUCCCACCUGCAAAGGCUACGAAAACUAUUUCAACUUUCAUAAAAAAAAUCGACCCUUCCUUCAGUACAGCAGAAACGCAAUAAUACUGCUUAGUCUUCUCUGCGAAAAUUCGUCAUAACAUUGAGAUUCAUCACUAGAUUAAUGAUUCAUAAAGACUGAUAUUUUAUAUUUAUUUAAUUUGAUUGAAGUCUCAGAUUGUAGCAAGUAAAUAAAUAAUUAAUUAGAAAAAUGGAUUAUCUAGCCCUGUUCAAUAGUAUUUUAUCGUUUAUCAUUGCGCUUUACGGAGAACCAUCUUUUCCAAGAAAAAUCGUUGACAUAAUAUUCGAAUUUAUAAGCCGUUUUGUUGUUGAUACAUUUUGCAAGUCGUUGGAAAAUUCAAUUUUCAGGAUAAUCGAUAAUGCUGAGAGUAAGCAGGAAUUAAAGUAUAAAAUUCGCGAAUGCAUCAAUCUACACUGUAAUGUUUUUGAGAAUUUCUCAACUGAAAAAAAGCGCUUCCAACUAUUGAAAAAUAAAGGUUUACAAGAACCAGAGCCAUUCGGAAUUAGAAAAACAUUCACUGAAAUUAUUCGUGAAAAUAAAACUGUUUUUGUUGAAUCGUCAGUUUUCGGUUACUGCUUACCUUUAACUCACUCACUUAAAUAUUUUUUAGAGAUUCCAGGAUUAGCUUUAAUUAUAAUAAAUAAUGUAAAGAAAUUGUCUGUAGAAAGUAAUGUAAUUUGUAAUGUAAUGCAGGGUAAGUUCUGGAAAAAAAAUGUUAUAAACGAUGCGAUAAACACUUACAUACUACCAUUGUUUGUUUACUACGAUGAUAUUGAAGUUGGUAAUGCCUUAGGUAGUCACAGUGGCACAAAUAAGUUUGGAGUAACUUAUGUGUCAAUUGCUUGCUUGCCAGCAAAUAUUGCAUCACUUUUGGAUAGUAUUAUUUUUUCAACUAUCGUACGAAGUGAAGAUAUGAAACAAUGUACAAACGUGAGUAUUUUUCGGAAACUUAUCACAGAAUUGAACUUUUUAAGAGAUACGGGUAUUACUAUAACGGUUGAUAAUGUUUUGACUGUUUUUAAAUUUCAAACUGUUCUUAUUGUCGGCGAUAACUUGGGACUGAAUGCCAUAUAUGGAAUGGUAGAAUCAUUUAAAGCUAAUUGUUAUUGUAGAAUAUGUACAGCCGAUUCAUUCGAAUGCUCGCAAUUUUGCACUGAAAACAAAAAAUUAUUAAGGACUCAAGGAAACUAUUGUUCAGAUGUAAUGAGAGGCAAAACAAAUGAAACUGGCUUAAAAGAACAAUGUGUGUUCAAUCAACUGCGCAAUUAUCAUUUUGUUGUAAACAAAAGUGUCGAUUUCAUGCAUGAUGUACUUGAAGGGGUCUGUAUAUAUGUUAUACGUGCUAUUUUAAACGAUUUGAUCUUUGAGUCUAAAUUAUUUACUCUUGAAUAUCUUAACUUAAGAAUUAAGGAAUUCGUUUCGUACUCAGAUGAUACAAAUCAGCCCCCUCCGAUCGCAUUGAAUAGAUUAAAAGGAAAAUUAAAUCUUAAAUUUUCUGCUGCUGAAAUGUUGUAUUUAACGCGUUAUCUAGGAGUAAUUAUAGGCGACAAAAUUCCUCGUGACAAUGAACACUGGAAAAUGUAUAUUUAUUUAAGAAAAAUAGUGGAUAUUCUUAUGUCUCCAAGAAUUGUUGAUGCGCACGUGACAACUUUAACGAAAUUAAUUGAGAAGUUAAAUUCUUUGUAUUUACAUUUUUAUAAGGCAUUAAAGCCGAAAUUUCACUUUUUGACACAUUACCCUGCAAUAAUUGAUUCUUUUGGACCAUGUGUACAUUAUUGGACAAUGCGGUAUGAAUCGCGUCAUCGAGAAGUGAAAGCCAAUGCUGUAACCUCUAACUCAAAUAUAAAUCUUUUAAAAACGAUUGCGCUCAAACAAGCAUUAAAAAUGUGUAAAACAUUCGACACAUUUGAAAAUAAAUGUCAUGCUGUUUUAUUUCAACCGAAUGAUUGUAGAAGUAAUGAUCUGUACAGCAAAGUUACUGUAAAUGGAAGCGAAUAUAAAAUCGGAUCCUUUAUAGUCGUUAGCGUAGAAGAACCAGACUUUCGAUUUGGCGAAAUCAUUGAAAUUAAAAAACUUUUGUCAACUUAUGAAACUAAAGAUGGUGUGGACAAAACUGAAUCAAAAGUACAAUUUACUGUUGUUAUUUACGAAGAGACUUACUUUGAUAACCAUUUUAUGGUCUACGUUGUUGAAAAAACUGGCGAAAAUAAAAUUGUCAACUGCGAUAACAUACCAAGCAUGCCACCUGUCGUUGCCUUGAAAAAGAAUCAGAAUCACUGCAUUAUUCCACGGUACAUAUUGUAAUUAUAGAAACCGUUUCUUGUACAUAAUAAAUAUUUCAUUACAGUAAAAAA